CAACAGACACAGAAUAACUGACAUUUGGUUCGCUAAAAGAUGACUUUUCGGCUGCUGCUGUCAUUUUUUCUUCUAACACACAACACAGGGUUCAGUGCUGAGAUCUCUGUGUUUGUGCAGACUGGAGAUUCUGUUCAACUGGAUAUACAGACACAACAACUACCAGAGUUUGAGCAUUUAUUCUGGAUAGAUGAAAAAUCAGAAUCUAUAGUUAAAUAUAAUUAUGACGAUAAAAAAUUUAAGUUUUACGAUUCCUACAAAGAAAGAGUGUAUUUCAAUGAUACAAGCUUCUCUCUGACAUUGAAGAACACACAGAAGAUAGACAGUGGACUCUACACAGCAAGAAUAAGUGGAAAAUUGAACAAAGAUAUUCUUACAUGCAAAGUUUCAGUUAUUGAUGAAGUGGAAGCUCCAGUCCUGGCUGUAAACUCAAACUGGUCCAGUUCUGAACUGUGCAGCUUUACAUGUAGUGGACGUGAUAUUAAUAUUAGCUCCAUCCAUAACAGUAGCAGCUGUCCUGAGGAGGAAGUGACAUCAGCUGAUUACCACACCAUUCGAAUGAACUGCAAUAACACCUUCAUCAUGUGUAACUACAGCAACCCAGUGAGCUGGAAAACUGAUAUUAAGAAGGUUCAUGAACUCUGCACUGUUUAUCCAGGCUAUUCUGUAGAUGCCCAGAUGAAUAUACCAACAAAAGUCUACGAGAACGUUGAUGAGAACAAGCCACAAAAGUCACCAGAGAUACCUCCGACAUCAGUCAAAGAAAACAACAAGUCUGCUGGUCCAGUCACCAUUUACUGCACCAUUGAGAAGCAACCAGACCAGCCCAAACCUGAAACAGAAAACACCAUUUAUGCUGUAGUCAAAAAGCCAUUCCCUGGGUUUGAAUCUCCAAACUAG